UCUCUCGUUAUCGAAUAUCAAUUCGGAGGCAAAGAACCCUAACCCUAGUUCUCCACGCCGGUGAUGAUCAAUCUUGGUAUGGAGCCACGGCCACCGGCGUCGGAGACGGCGGAGAAGGCACUGUCGUUCCUAUCGCGUGGCUGGCGAGAGGUUCGGGACUCUGCUGGAGCGGACCUUCAGCUUAUGCGUGCGCGCGCUCGAUCAUUCAAGAGCCUUGCUGACAAGGAGCUUGAGAAUUUCCUCAACUCCGCUUCACCCUUCUCUUCCUCCUCGGCUGACGCCUCCCUGCCCGAGCUCAAUUUCGUUAAGCGAAUUCAGCCCAAGAUCUCUGAGUUUCGUCUUGCACAAUCCUCGCCUGAUUUUAGCCGCAAGGUUCUCGAGAAGUGGAGCCCUAGACCGGAGAUCCGUAUUGAUUUGUCUGGGAUUAGGGAUGCAAUCGUUUCGGAGGUGGAUGAGAGUUGGGGCUUGUGGGAUUUUGGGAGGGAUGGGCUGCGUCGCAAGGGUAGGAGAGUGAAGUGGAGGGAGAGGGAGGGGGAGCGUGAAGAAGGGAAGGAAUGGGAGCCGAUUAGGAUCUUGAAGAUGAGGCUGAAGGAGUUUGAGAAGAAGAGCCAAUCGAUUGAGAUUUUCGGAGGGUUUAAGGGCAGUGAUUUCAUUGAGAAAAUGAAAUUGAACCUGAAAUCAAUUUACAAGGAGCCUGAAGAAUCACAGAGUAUACCACCAUUGGAUGUUUCUGAGCUGUUAGCAUAUCUGAUCAGGCAAUCUACUCCCCUUUUUGAUCAACUUGGCUUGAAAAGAGAUGUCUGUGACAAAAUAGUGGAGUCAUUGUGCAGCAGAAGGAAGGAUCAGCUUACGUCUCAUUCUCUUUCUACACGAGACAUGCCUUUGCUGGGAAACGACAACAUCCAUGAUGAACUUGAUUGCAGAAUAGCCAGUGUGCUCCACAGCACAGGGCAUCACUAUGAAGGUAGCUAUUGGACUGAUUUUGUCAAGCGUGAUGCAGACGAUUCAAAGCGUCAUGUUGCAAUAGUCACUACUGCAAGUCUUCCUUGGAUGACUGGAACUGCUGUAAAUCCCCUUUUUAGAGCUGCAUAUCUGGCGAAGUCUGCAAAGCAAAAUGUGACUUUAGUUGUACCUUGGCUCUGCAAGUCAGACCAAGAACUGGUCUAUCCAAACAGCCUUACUUUUAGCUCUCCAGAAGAACAGGAAGCUUACAUCAGGAACUGGGUGGAAGAAAGGGUUGGCUUUAAAGCUGAUUUCAAGAUCUCUUUCUAUCCAGGAAAGUUCGCGAAGGAAAGACGGAGCAUAAUACCUGCUGGGGACACCACUCGAUUCAUUUCUCCCCAUGAAGCUGAUAUUGCAAUCCUGGAAGAGCCAGAACAUCUAAACUGGUAUCAUCAUGGUGUUCGAUGGACUGACAAAUUUAAUCAUGUUAUUGGAGUUGUCCACACAAAUUACUUGGAGUACAUCAAGAGGGAAAGAUUUGGGGCAUUUCAAGCUUUUCUUGUCAAGCACAUUAAUAACUUGGUAACAAGAGCAUACUGCCAUAAGGUACUUCGUCUGUCUUCAGCAACUCAGGAUCUUCCUAAGUCAGUCAUUUGCAAUGUUCAUGGUGUCAACCCCAAAUUCCUAAAAAUUGGAGAGAAUAUUGCAGCUGAGAGAGAGCGUGGACAGCAGGCAUUCUCCAAAGGGGCAUAUUUUUUGGGGAAGAUGGUCUGGGCGAAAGGGUACUCAGAAUUGAUUGAUCUUUUAUCGAAGCACAAGAAUGAUCUUCAAGGCUUCAAAUUGGAUGUUUAUGGUAAUGGUGAAGACUCGCGGGAAAUCCAAUCUACUGCUAGAAAGUUGGAUCUAAAUCUCAACUUUCUUAGAGGGAGGGAUCAUGCAGAUGACUCACUUCAUGGGUACAAAGUUUUUGUAAAUCCAAGCGUUAGUGAUGUCCUUUGCACUGCAACAGCUGAAGCUCUUGCUAUGGGAAAGUUUGUUGUCUGUGCUGACCACCCAUCAAAUGAUUUCUUCAGGGCAUUCCCCAACUGCUUGACUUACAAAACAUCAGAGGAUUUUGUUGCGAGAAUGAAAGAGGCAUUGGCCAAUGAGCCUCAACCUCUCACACCAGAGCAAAGAUAUACUUUAUCAUGGGAAGCUGCAACUCAGAGAUUUCUACAAACUUCUGAGCUCAACGAGGUACUCUUUAAUAACAAUGGUGAAUCCACCGAUCUCAGCAAUGUGAGAAAGAUGAAAAAAUCAGCAUCCACACCUGGAUUGUCAGAUGUCAUAGAUGGCGGGCUGGCUUUUGCUCAUUACUGCUUCACCGGGAAUGAAUUCCUAAGAUUAUGCACAGGAGCAAUUCCAGGAACAAGAGAUUAUAAUCGACAACAUGUCUGGAUUUGCGUCUUUUGCCACCUCAGGUUCAGAAUCCUAUAUAUGGCUGGUAGCAUUCGAGCCUUAUCCACACAGUUAGAUGUUUUUUUUUGUCUUAGAGUCAGGAUGAUGCAUAAAGAUAUCGUCAGCCAGUGCUCGAGAUUCUUUGCUUGUGGUAUAGAAUUCAUUCGAGAUGAAUCCGUCCUUUGCAUUUGCGACAUCAAUACAUCUGCAAAUAUAUUCCUCAAAACAUCAAGAAAAUACUUGGCCUUCUCUACCGGCAAAUUUUGUAUGCAGGGCACUUUUGUUAUCUCACAGCAGUGAAAGGUUUUUACUUCAGAAAUUUCCAACUGUUCUGAAGAAUUUUCUGUAAAGUUGCAUGGUUUUCAAUGGCCUCUUUGAUAGUGAAUUUUAGACAGCAACAUAUCAACCUUUCUAGUCAUAAAAUUGUGCAUAUUGCCUUUACUGAUUUCUAUCACGUUUCAAGAAUGCUUGUAAAAAGUUAAUUGUAUGAAAUUAAACAGUCUUGUACUUCAUGAUGACCAUGUUUUUCAAGUUU